CAACAGCCUUAUCUGUCCGCCGCAGGGGCUGAUGGGAGGUUUGAGGAGCUGUUAGAAACCACGUGGCCCUCGUCUGAUCUCACAGCUCGUCCUUGUUUGGCCUCAGCUGCAUCAGAGCGCCACUUCUCCCCAGGUUCACCAGAGGAAACACCACUGCACAAAAUGCUUUUCCUCCCAGCUGCUGCUCUGUGCUGUCUGUGUUCAGCGCUGGUUGCCAUGGCAGCAGAGCUGAUUCAGGAUGAUUUAACAUUGACCAGGAGAGCUGGUGAAAAAGUUUCCUUCAGCUGUGGAACUGACCAGUGUAGCACUAAUUAUUUAUACUGGUUACAGAAGAAAGACAAAGAAACAUUCACAGCGAUUCUUCAUAUUGACAAGAGUAAAGGUGACAUAACCAAAAGUCACUACAAUCAUCCUCAGAAAGAUGAUUUCUCAGCUGUAUAUAAACAGAACAGCAGUGAGUUGCAGAUCCAGACAGUUCAACUCUCACAUUCAGCCACCUACUACUGCCACUGUGUGAAGAGAGAUACCCACACAAACAAGAACUACGGGAUCUUUGGCUCUGGAACUAAACUGUAUGUAGAUGAGCAGGUAGUGAAGCCCGUGGUGAGCUUGUACCCAGCAGCCCACCUGGAGGGGAAGAGCUCCCUGCUGUGUCUGGCCUCAGCCAUGUCUCCUCCUGUGGUCCAGUUCUCCUGGAAAAGACAGAAGAAGAACGGCACGCUGGAGGAUCUGCCCCCUGCUGAGAGACAGCAGCUGGAGCUCAGAGAGCCGGGACACACCGCCUCCAUCCUGCUGCUCCAUCAGCAAGAGAACAGCACAGAUAAAUACCGCUGCUACGUCAAGCACGAGGGGGGAACAGUGAGGGACCAAACAGAACAAGAUGUUUCUACUCUUCCUCCACCAACACCAGCUCCACCAGCAUCUCCAACACCAGCUCCAUCAGCAGAUCCACCAGCAGAUCCACCAGCAGCUCUUGUCCCGUCUCAGUACCAGGUGAAGCUGCUCUGUGUGCUGUACACAGUGCUGAUAGUGAAGAGUCUGGUGUACUGCUGUGGACUCUCUCUGCUGAUGAUCCUCAGAAACAAGGGACCGUCCACCAACUGCACACAUGCUGACUGACUGUUUUCUGCUCACCUUUUCUCACCAUCACAUCUCAUCAAUUCAUCUCAUUUAUCACUUUGAUCAGUGUUCACAAAUGUCACUUAUGACGUGUUGUGG